AGUGUCCAUGUCAAAUGCAUUGCGCAGCCUUCUCCAGGUUUAAAUUAUGGAUGUGAUGUGCCACCUUGCAGUGUUAAUUACGAUUUGUAAUAUUGGUGUCGGAAGUGCCCUCCUGCCGCUUGAUAUCUCUGAUGAUUGUUUGAAGGAGGCGGGCUCUGCGGUGGAAUAGCGAGUAUAACAACAUCUGUACAGUUCAGAGAGUGCAGAUGCGCGAGACACGACACGCAGUGGCAAGAAGGAGCAGACUUUUCGAAGAAUCUUGACUUCCAGUUAACAGAAAAUUGGAGACACCAAAAAAAAACUAAAGAAAGACACUGAAUACGUUUCAUAGUCACGUCACGUUUGGAGAUGGGAUUUAUUGAACAGUUUUCACCGUCUAAAAUGGAAAACAAAACAAUGCACAUCUGUUGUAAUUCGACGUGUGGAGAUGACUGGGAGUCCCUUUCCACUCCAGUGUUUAUGUUUGUGUUUGGGGUUGUUGGUAAUAUUAUCGCCAUAGCUGUGCUUUCAAAGUAUAAACGAGAGCGCAAAGAAUCCGCCUUCUAUACUCUAGUGUGCGGACUGGCGGUGACUGAUCUACUGGGGACUUGUCUGGCCAGCCCGGUAACUAUUAAAACCUACCUCGACUGCACAGUGCUGGACGGGAAAGCUAUGUGCAACUUCCAUUCCUUUCUCCUGCUCUUCUUCGGCGUGGCAGGGCUCUCUAUUAUCUGCGCAAUGUCCGUGGAGAGGUACCUCGCCAUCAACCACCCCUACUUCUACCAGCGUCGCAUCGACCAGCAGCUGGCGGGCUGGACCUUGUUUGCUAUCUACGCCGGGAACGUUUUAUUUUGCUGUUUCCCCGUGUUUGGUAUGGGCGAAAAUGUCCGGCAGUACCCCUAUACGUGGUGUUUUAUUAACUGGCGGACCAAUGACUCUUUUCAUGCUUCUUAUUCUUUCCUGUACGCUGGCGUGAGCUCCCUCCUCAUUGUGGUGACCCUGGCCUGUAACGUGUUAGUCUGCGGCACUUUGGUUGUCAUGCACAGGGGGUCGAUGGGUAGGUUGGUCCACAGAGACAGCGUGAAGGACAGGUGGAAGGCUAGUACUUCUGCCGAGGAAAUCCAAAUGAUGUUACUGCUUAUUGUGACGUCGGUGGUGGUGCUCGUCUGUUCUACUCCUCUAGUGGUGCGAGUCUUUAUCAACCAGAUCAUGCAUCCAGCAGUGGAGGAAGACAUGGGUAACCCCAACCUGCAGGCCAUUCGCAUCGCCUCCAUGAACCCCAUCCUCGACCCUUGGGUGUACAUCCUGCUGCGCAGAGCCGUCUUCCACAGGGUCAUGGGGCUGGCCAAGCGGGCCUUCCAUCGGCGGGGCAACUCAGUGGUGCCGGGGUCCCGCCAAGCCGUCCUCUACCUGGCAUCAGACAAGGGCAUAGUGACCAUGCUGCAGGCACAGGGGCCAGACUGCCCUGGAGAGGAAUCACCAGCAUUGAGCCAGGAGAACCAGUGCUUCGGGUUGAGAGACAGCGAGGAAACAGCAGAGAGACGGAGACAAACCGCUUGACACCUCUCUCAUUGAAACAGUGGCCGGGCAGCAGAGAAACCAGCUGGAAAACGGAUAUAAACUGAGACCCUGAUCAACACAACCUCUGACUACCUAAUGUCAGUGACGCAGUCCCAUGCUAAUCAGGGACUGUGAGAGCAGAGAGUUUUGGGAAGGCACCCUUUUCUCAGGAUCUUCCAGUGUUGAAGCCACCUUGUUCUGAACAAGUCCACGCUGGAAAGAAGGUUGAAGGGAUCCCCUUCAGUCUGGAUGGGAUGCUGUGUUUAUUGAGGACAAAACUGCGGUGCCCUGUGCAGUUUAAAUCAGUUUCUUAUCUUUAAUCACAUUUUUAGACUUUAUUUUCUUUAGUAAUGUUUUAGUUUUGGUAUCAGUCUUUGACACAAAGGUAAGACAGAGGAAACUUCUUCACCCAGAUUUGAGAUCAAUCAGCUACUGGGAACUGGACAAGCUCAGAUGGGCCUCCUCUUGUUAAAAAAUUGUAUUAUGUUCAUGAAAAACAGAUUUGCAAUCCUAAGUUUUGUCCUUGAUUUUAAAAGCUACUAGACUGACAGACUUGAAGCCCAAACGAUGAAGCAGGAUGAACACAUUUUUUUUAUUUUUAAACCAAUUUUGUAUCAGGUGCCGGCACCCAAGGUGCUGAAUACGUGGAGACAUUACAGCUGUCUAACUGCUGAAUAUGUGGAGACAUUACAGCUGUCUAACUGCUGUAUACAUGGAGACAUUACAGCUGUCUAACUGCUGUAUACGUGGAGACAUUACAGCUGUCUAACUGCUGUAUACAUAGAGACAUUACAGCUGUCUAACUGCUGAAUACAUGGAGACAUUACAGCUGUCUAACUGCUGUAUACAUGGAGACAUUACAGCUGUCUAACUGCUGUAUACGUGGAGACAUUACAGCUGUCUAACUGCUGUAUACGUGGAGACAUUACAGCUGUCUAACUGCUGUAUACAUAGAGACAUUACAGCUGUCUAACUGCUGUAUACAUAGAGACAUUACAGCUGUCUAAGUGCUGAAUACAUAGAGACAUUACAGCUGUCUAAGUGCUGAAUACAUGGAGAGAUUACAGCUGUCUAACUGCUGAAUACAUAGAGACAUUACAGCUGUCUAACUGCUGAAUACAUAGAGACAUUACAGCUGUCUGACUGCUGUAUACAUAGAGACAUUACAGCUGUCUAAGUGCUGAAUACAUGGAGACAUUACAGCUGUCUAAGUGCUGAAUACAUGGAGACAUUACAGCUGUCUAACUGCUGAAUGCAUCAUGAAUUGGAAAUGCAGGUCAUUACAUGAAAUACAGAUACAGUAUUAAUUUAUUAUUGUGUGUAGCAACUUGGCUUCCUUGAAAUGCUUUGACUGCAGUGCUAAUAAGUUCUGUUCAAUAUGUAUACUGUCAGUAAAUUGGUUACUCACACAAUUACUGAGAACCAAUCAAUACCAAACUGACAGUGUGGUUUAAUAUAGAACCCGUCGUGAUCAAACUAACAAACUCAGAUUUUAUCAUUGUGAUUGAGAUCCCUCAUUGUGAUUGAUUGAAAUCCCUCAUUGUGGUUCAUUGUGAUUGAUUGAAAUCCCUCAUUGUGGUUCAUUGUGAUUGAUUGAAAUCCCUCAUUGUGGUUCAUUCUGAUUGAUUGAAAUCCCUCAUUGUGAUUGAUUGAAGUCCCUCAUUGUGGUUCAUUGAGAUUGAUUGAAAUCCCUCAUUGUGAUUGAUUGAAAUCCCUCAUUGUGGUUCAUUGAGAUUGAUUGAAAUCCCGCAUUGUGGUUCAUUGUGAUUGAUUGAAAUCCCUCAUUGUGGUUCAUUGAGAUUGAUUGAAAUCCCUCAUUGUGAUUGAUUGAAAUCCCUCAUUGUGGUUCAUUGAGAUUGAUUGAAAUCCCUCAUUGUGAUUGAUUGAAAUCCCUCAUUGUGGUUCAUUGUGAUUGAUUGAAAUCCCUCAUUGUGGUUCAUUGUGAUUGAUUGAAAUCCCUCAUUGUGGUUCAUUGAGAUUGAUUGAAAUCCCUCAUUGUGAUUGAUUGAAGUCCCUCAUUGUGGUUCAUUGAGAUUGAUUGAAAUCCCUCAUUGUGGUUCAUUGAGAUUGAUUGAAAUCCCUCAUUGUGGUUCAUUGUGAUUGAUUGAAAUCCCUCAUUGUGGUUCAUUGAGAUUGAUUGAAAUCCCUCAUUGUGGUUCAUUGAGAUUGAUUGAAAUCCCUCAUUGUGGUUCAUUGAGAUUGAUUGAAAUCCCUCAUUGUGAUUGAUUGAAAUCCCUCAUUGUGGUUCAUUGUGAUUGAUUGAAAUCCCUCAUUGUGGUUCAUUGUGAUUGAUUGAAAUCCCUCAUUGUGGUUCAUUGAGAUUGAUUGAAAUCCCUCAUUGUGAUUGAUUGAAAUCCCUCAUUGUGGUUCAUUGAGAUUGAUUGAAAUCCCUCAUUGUGAUUGAUUGAAAUCCCUCAUUGUGGUUCAUUGUGAUUGAUUGAAAUCCCUCAUUGUGGUUCAUUGUGAUUGAUUGAAAUCCCUCAUUGUGGUUCAUUGAGAUUGAUUGAAAUCCCUCAUUGUGAUUGAUUGAAGUCCCUCAUUGUGGUUCAUUGAGAUUGAUUGAAAUCCCUCAUUGUGGUUCAUUGAGAUUGAUUGAAAUCCCUCAUUGUGGUUCAUUGUGAUUGAUUGAAAUCCCUCAUUGUGGUUCAUUGAGAUUGAUUGAAAUCCCUCAUUGUGGUUCAUUGAGAUUGAUUGAAAUCCCUCAUUGUGGUUCAUUGAGAUUGAUUGAAAUCCCUCAUUGUGAUUGAUUGAAAUCCCUCAUUGUGGUUCAUUGUGAUUGAUUGAAAUCCCUCAUUGUGGUUCAUUGAGAUUGAUUGAAAUCCCUCAUUGUGGUUCAUUGAGAUUGAUUGAAAUCCCUCAUUGUGAUUGAUUGAAAUCCCUCAUUGUGGUUCAUUGAGAUUGAUUGAAAUCCCUCAUUGUGGUUCAUUGUGAUUGAUUGAAAUCCCUCAUUGUGGUUCAUUGAGAUUGAUUGAAAUCCCUCAUUGUGAUUGAUUGAAGUCCCUCAUUGUGGUUCAUUGAGAUUGAUUGAAAUCCCUCAUUGUGAUUGAUUGAAAUCCCUCAUUGUGGUUCAUUGUGAUUGAUUGAAAUCCCUCAUUGUGGUUCAUUGAGAUUGAUUGAAAUCCCUCAUUGUGAUUGAUUGAAAUCCCUCAUUGUGGUUCAUUGAGAUUGAUUGAAAUCCCUCAUUGUGGUUCAUUGAGAUUGAUUGAAAUCCCUCAUUGUGGUUCAUUGAGAUUGAUUGAAAUCCCUCAUUGUGAUUGAUUGAAAUCCUCAUUGUGGUUCAUUGUGAUUGAUUGAAAUCCCUCAUUGUGGUUCAUUGAGAUUGAUUGAAAUCCCUCAUUGUGAUUGAUUGAAAUCCCUCAUUGUGGUUCAUUGAGAUUGAUUGAAAUCCCUCAUUGUGGUUCAUUGAGAUUGAUUGAAAUCCCUCUUUGUGAUUGAUUGAAGUCCCUCAUUGUGGUUCAUUGAGAUUGAUUGAAAUCCCUCAUUGUGGUUCAUUGAGAUUGAUUGAAAUCCCUCAUUGUGGUUCAUUGUGAUUGAUUGAAAUCCCUCAUUGUGGUUCAUUGUGAUUGAUUGAAAUCCCUCAUUGUGGAUCAUUGAGAUUGAUUGAAAUCCCUCAUUGUGAUUGAUUGAAGUCCCGCAUUGUGGUUCAUUGAGAUUGAUUGAAAUCCCUCAUUGUGGUUAAUUGAGAUUGAUUGAAAUCCCUCAUUGUGGUUCAUUCUGAUUGAUUGAAAUCCCUCAUUGUGGUUCAUUGUGAUUGAUUGAAAUCCCUCAUUGUGGUUCAUUGUGAUUGAUUGAAAUCCCGCAUUGUGGUUCAUUGAGAUUGAUUGAAAUCCCUCAUUGUGGUUCAUUGAGAUUGAUUGAAAUCCCUCAUUGUGGUUCAUUGAGAUUGAUUGAAAUCCCUCAUUGUGGUUCAUUGAGAUUGAUUGAAAUCCCUCAUUGUGGUUCAUUGAGAUUGAUUGAAAUCCCUCAUUGUGGUUCAUUCUGAUUGAUUGAAAUCCCUCAUUGUGGUUCAUUGAGAUUGAUUGAAAUCCCUCAUUGUGGUUCAUUCUGAUUGAUUGAAAUCCCUCACUGUGAUUGAUUGAAAUCCCUCAUUGUGGUUCAUUGAGAUUGAUUGAAAUCCCUCAUUGUGGUUCAUUGAGAUUGAUUGAAAUCCCUCAUUGUGGUUCACCGUGAUUGAUUGAGAUCCCUCACUGUGGUACAGUGCUAUUGAUUGGUAAUUGAUUGUAAAACUGAGGGAGACGCAGCUGCUCUUGUGAUAUUAAAUCAUUGAUUAAGAGGCCUGCUUGCGUGUUUCAUUUAAUACCUAAUAAAUGCAGGUAUCUGCACACCCUAGAUAUCAGUGUUCUAACAAGGGAGUUUAAUGAACAGACAGUACAUGAGUGGACUCUGUAUGGCUUCAAAGACAGGGUUACGGUCCUUCAUAAAUCACCCUGUAUAAACACAAAUGAGGGCAGAAACCUGGGUUAAAAAAAACAACAAUUGUGGACACAUUUUUGCAUUUAUAUCUGUUAUUCUUUAUUUCAUGUUGAAAUUUGAAAUAAAAUAAAUGGUAUUAAAUACACAAUCAGAGAAUGUGCAUUACCGCACACGUUUUAUUCCAUCUGAUGCCACUACAUACCAUAAAUAAAUCUAAACAUCGUUUCAGUAAAAAUGCCAUUUACUAGAACAUAAAAACAGCUUUGAAAAUGUAAACCUACUAUAAAAAAUACCCACAAACCAAAAACUUUCUAUUUAUCAAUGCACAAGGAUCGAUACAUUGAAGACAUGGAAAGGCUUGGGAUUUGGGGGAAAUCAACGCUUUAAUAAUUUUUCAACAUGUACAGAUCCACAGUAAAACAUUAUUUUAAUACAAUUCCUACAUUGCAGCCUACCAGAGCCAGGAUGCCCUGUUCAGAGGUCAGAACAGUCAAUGAUCUCUUCUUCUGUCAGUCUUGCGUGCCCUUGAGCCAUGUCCAUCAAACCAUUAUUCAGGUUCAUUCUCAACAGAAAAUUGUUUAGCUUGUUAAAAAAGUCAGUCAGAUUAUCACAAAAAAGUUCCAUCUUGGAGUUCCAUUUGAACUCUUGUGGUUUUUGAUUUUAGAGAACCUCUCGAAGUUAUUUAUUAGUAGUUUACUGCAGCCUAUCAAUUACCCUGCCAUAAUUUCAACACUCAAAUUGGAAGCUUUGAAAAACAUGUAUUUUUUUUU